UGCAUAGUCAGAAAUGUCCGUACCAAAUCCUAGUUCACAAUUAAAGCACGGUUGUUGGUAGAAGCAAUUGGGGCUACACAUGUUGCUGUUAGUUCAUGAAAUCGAGAUAAGUAACCUGCAAAGAACCUGUUUGCAUAUAACAUUAUUCGUCACCGAGAUUCGCUCAACAGCAUCAUAAGUUCAUAAUCCUGACGGUUAUAUGUCAUUUUGUCUAUUCAUGAGUCAGCACAAAUGACAAUUGGGAAUAAAAAUACAACAACACUUUCAGCAAAGCAAAUGUUGUUUUCCAAUGCGAUCAUCAUGGACAACGAUAGACCAACCUACUCCCAACCUUAAAAUGCUGUCAUGAACAACGCAUGUUUUCAACUCUCUCAAAUCUUUCAAAUACGAAAUUCCACCGAGUGCUUCUAGUUCUACCAAGUUAGACAAUCAGCAUUGCACCUAAACCCUGGCUUUCUCCGCUUUAAUUUCUCGUUCUCUCGCCAUCAAGUCCAUAUACAUCGUUCCAGCAUGGAGAAGAUAAAAAUAAAACUACUCAUGAAGGAUGAAACAUUUCUCCAACACCCUUUUGUUCUUGCUGUUGUUCUGGUUUUAGGCCUUGUUAUGAUGGACCCUUUUCAUCUGGGUCCAGUGUCUGAGCAUGAAUUCAGACCCGUGAAGCAUAGCAUUGCACCAUACCACCAAGUCAUGAAAAAUUGGCCUAGGGACAACAUGAGCAGAUUAGCACUUCAUGGGAAAUCAGAAUUCAAGAAUCAAGUCUUUGGACCAGAGUCACUCGAGUUCGAUCACAUGGGUCGUGGCCCCUACACUGGUUUAGCCGAUGGACGCGUUGUUCGAUGGAUGGGGGAGCAACUUGGUUGGGAAACAUUUGCAGUUGUCACAUCUAAUUGGACGGAGAAGCUUUGCUUUAGGGGCAAUGAUUCGACCACUGCGAAGCAAUGGAAGCAUGAGAAAACAUGUGGGCGUCCCCUAGGCCUAAGAUUUGACAAAGUGAAUGGAGAUCUAUACAUAGCAGACGCAUACUAUGGACUUCUUGUGGUUGGACCUAAUGGGGGACUCGCUACAUCAUUGGCAACCCAUGUUGAAGGAAAGCCCAUUCUCUUCGCAAAUGAUCUUGACAUUCAUAAGAACGGAUCCAUCUUCUUCACAGACACCAGCAAAAGAUACAACAGAGUUGCACACUUCUUUAUAUUAUUGGAAGGAGAAGCUACUGGCAGGCUCCUCCGAUAUGAUCCUCCAACUAAAACAACUCAUGUUGUAUUGGAUGGCCUUGCUUUUCCUAAUGGAGUGCAAUUUUCUAAAGACCACUCCUUCCUUCUCUACACUGAAACCACCAAUUGCAGGCUAAUGAAGCUUUGGACAGAGGGUCCUAAAAGUGGAAGUGUGGAACUAUUAGCUGACCUUCCGGGGUUUCCAGACAACGUAAGAAUAAACGAAAAGGGACAAUUCUGGGUGGCAAUAGACUGUUGUCGCACUCCAGCACAAGAAGUUCUUAGUCAUAAUCCAUGGUUGAGGAACAUCUACUUCCGUUUGCCCAUAAGAAUGAGCUUGUUAGCAAGAGCGAUGGGGAUGAAAAUGUACACUGUGAUUUCACUUCUGGACGACAAGGGAGAGGUUUUGGAAGUUCUUGAAGAUCAAAAGGGUGAGGUCAUGAAGCUGGUCAGCGAAGUCAGAGAGGAGCAAGGGAAGCUUUGGAUUGGAACUGUGGCUCAUAACCAUAUUGCCACCUUAUCUUACCCUUAAUUAAAACCUUAUAAUUUGUUCUUUCGUCUAUCCAUUUCUCUUUUCUCAACUAUGAUGUUGUAGUGUGUGUAUUUAGGAUUUUCCUCUAGUCAUAUUAAAUGGUGGAAUCGCAUUAUCUCACUCUCUCACUCUCAUUGUAAAAGUACAUUGAUAAUGGUAAUCAAUAAGAUAGACUUUACAACUUCCACGCC